CGAGGCAAGCCUUGCUGCAGUGGGAUAUCCCAUCUCCAUGCUGUCACUACCACCACAAGUAACACCUUCAGACUUCGACAAGCAACCAGAGAAGGUGAAGAGAGAAGCAAUGGAGAUCAAGAUGGACGAAAAGGCACCAGCGGUGGCGGUGGUGCUGUCACGGUUCAGGAGGAUAUGUGUCUUCUGUGGGAGCAGCCAUGGCAAGAAGUGCUACCAAGAUGCCGCCAUUGAGCUUGGAAAGGAGCUGGUGGCAAGAAACAUUGAUCUAGUGUAUGGAGGAGGGAGUGUAGGGUUGAUGGGCCUGGUCUCUCAAGCAGUGCACAAUGGAGGAAGGCAUGUCAUUGGGGUGAUUCCCAAGACACUCAUGCCUCGAGAGGUACCCAUUUUCUUCCUACUCUCCAUCUCUAGCUUUUGAUUGUUUAGUGCCACGUGGUAUCAUUUUCUCAAACAUAAGGCUGUCUCAAACUAUUCCCCCCAUCCAACUCCUCCUAUA